CCCCGGCUGCUUCCUGGCUGCUCCCUGACUUCCCGCUCUCCGCACGGCUCCCGCUCCGCGGGGAUCCGCAGCCAUGUCCACCUUCCGGCAGGAGAACGUGGAGGACUUCUAUGAGAUGGGGGAAGAGCUGGGCAGCGGCCAGUUCGCCAUCGUCCGGAAGUGCCGGGAGAGGAAGACGGGCCUGGAAUACGCGGCCAAGUUCAUCAAGAAGCCCCCUUUCCCUUCUGCAUUUCCCCCUCCACCUCGCCGGCUCUCGUCCAGCCGCCGGGGCGUGAGCCGGGAGGAGAUCGAGAGGGAGGUGGACAUCCUGCGGGAGAUCCAGCACCCCAACAUCAUCACCCUGCACGACAUCUUCGAGAACAAGACCGACGUGGUGCUCAUCCUCGAGCUGGUGUCGGGCGGGGAGCUCUUCGACUUCCUGGCCGAGAAGGAGUCCCUGACGGAGGAGGAGGCCACCCAGUUCCUCAAGCAGAUCCUGGACGGGGUGCACUACCUGCACUCCAAGCACAUCGCCCACUUCGACCUCAAGCCAGAGAACAUCAUGCUGCUGGACAAGAACGUGCCAAACCCUCGCAUCAAACUCAUCGACUUCGGCAUCGCCCACAAGAUCGAGGCUGGGAAUGAAUUCAAGAAUAUCUUCGGGACCCCGGAGUUUGUAGCCCCGGAAAUUGUGAAUUAUGAGCCCCUGGGGCUGGAGGCCGACAUGUGGAGCAUCGGGGUCAUCACGUACAUCCUGCUGAGCGGAGCCUCCCCCUUCCUGGGGGAGACAAAGCAGGAGACCCUGACCAACAUCUCCGCUGUCAACUAUGACUUCGAUGAGGAGUAUUUCAGCAACACCAGCGAGCUGGCCAAGGACUUCAUCCGCCGCCUGCUCGUCAAGGACCCCAAGAAGCGAAUGACCAUCGCCCAGAGCCUGGAGCACUCUUGGAUUAAGGUGAUCAAGAGGAGGAACGUCCGGAACGAGGACAGCUGCAAGAAGCCUGAGCGGCGCCGGCUGAAGACCACGCGCCUCAAGGAGUACACCAUCAAGUCCCACUCCAGCAUGCCCCCCAACAACACCUACAUCAACUUCGAGCGCUUCUCCAAGGUCAUGGAGGAGGUGGCGGCGGCCGAGGAGACCCUGCGGGAGCUGGAGAGGAACAAGAAGUCCUUCCAGGAGGACAUCGAGGCGCUGCGCUCCAUCUACGAGGAGAAGGAGUCGUGGUACAAGGAGGAGAACGAGAGCAUCGGCCAGGACCUGCGGCAGAUCCGGCAGGAGCUGCAGAAGACGGAGGCGCUGAAGAAGCAGGCGCAGGAGGAGACCAAGAGCGUGGUGCAGGCGGCCAACGGCCUCAAGCGGCGCUACCGCAAGCUGGAGAACCGCUACGAGGCCCUGGCCAAGCAGGUGGCCUCGGAGAUGAAGUUUGUGGAGGAGCUGGUGUGGUCCAUCGAGCAGGAGAAGCAGAGCGGCGAGGGCGAUGGCAGCAUCCGCUAAACCGGGCGGCUCCGGCCCUUCCUGACCCCCUCCGGUCAGUGUUCCCCGGCUCUGGUGGUGUAGGGGGGGGUGGGUUGUGCCUCCCUGGAGCCCCCACCUCAGGGGGCUUGGGGCUGUGCUCUCCUGGGGUUUGGCUUCCUGCCUGUGGCUCCUGCUUGGCUCGUGGCCCCGUGCUCCUCGUCACUCCCACCACGCUUAGGGACACUUCUCGUCACUCCCACCACGCUUGGGGACACUUCUUGUCAUUCUCACCACGCUUGGGGACACUUCUUGUCAUUCUCACCAUGCUUGGGGACACUUCUCAUCACUCCCACCAUGCCUGGAGACACUUCUACCCCAUCACUCCCUCCAUGCCUGGGGACACUUCUCAUCGCUGCCACUGUGCUUAGGGACACUUCUUGUCACUCCCACCGUGCUUGGGGACACUUCUCAUCACUCACACCACACUUAGGGACACUUCUCAUCACUCCCUCCACGCCUGGGGACACUGCUUGUCCCGCCCGGGUC